AUGCAAAAAUUGGGUGGUUAUGAAUUUUGGAAGAGUAUUGGUUCUCCAAAGUUUGUCUGUGCUCCGAUGGUGGAUCAAAGUGAAUUACCCUUUCGAUUAUUGAUAAAGGAAUAUGGAGUGACUCUGGCAUACACUCCCAUGCUGCAUGGAAGAUAUUUUCAAAAUGAUAAGAAAUAUCGACAACGGUAUUUUCAAUUCGAACCAGAAUUGGAAGUACCUGUUUUUGCUCAAUUUUGCACACAUGAUCCAAAUAUUUUUGUGAAUUGUGGAAAGCUGGCAUGGGAAAUGAGUGGAGGUAAAAUUGCAGCUAUUGAUUUGAAUUUAGGAUGUCCACAAAGAAUUGCAAAAAGAGGAAGAUAUGGAUCCUUUUUAAUGGAAGACUUUGAUUUGGUUUAUUCCAUUAUCAAUAAGGCUCAUUUGGAGCUUCCAAUACCUGUCACUGCCAAGAUUCGCAUUUUUGAAGAUUUACAAUUGACACUCCAAUAUGUGGAUACCGUGGUUUCGGCAGGAGCUCAAGUUCUUUGCGUACAUGGUCGAACGAGAGCACAAAAAGGCCCUUUCCAAAAUUAUGCAGAUUGGAACGUCAUUAAAGCAAUUCGAGAACACGUCCCGCAAAUACCAGUCAUUGCAAACGGAAAUAUUAGAACGUAUCAGGACGUACUUGAUUGUCUGCAAUAUACUGGAGUGGAUGCAGUAAUGAGCGCUGAAGCACUGUUAGAGAACCCAUCACUAUUCAAUAAGGGAGAGCAUGUGCAUCCACUGCAGGUGUGUGACCGUUAUGUGGAUAUUUGUAAACAUCAUUUUCCACCUGAUCAUAACAACAUUAAGAGACAUUUAUUUCGAAUUUUGGAUAGAUCUUUGGGUGGAGCUGAAAAUAAUGAUUUGCGAAUUAUGCUUGGAAAAGCCAAGUUGUGGGAACAUUAUCGAGGAUUUGUGGAUCAUAUCAAGGAACAUCAAGAACGAUUAGAUUUUUCGAAUUACAUUGUUGAUUACGAACCAUCCAUUCGAGUGGUUGAAGAUCCAGAAAAUCAUCCAAUCAUUAAGAAUCCAAAAAAGAAUCGUCAAGAGGAUGAUGUCGCAAGUGAUAACGGUGACAACAGCUGUUGUGAAGAAGAGGAAGAUGUAGAAUAA